GUGCUCUUGACUUCCAGCCACGUUGGUGGACCAGUUAGUGCAGUUCGACCCAUUAGUCUAACCUCUAUCGGGAUUAGGGACUCAAGCUGCAGCUGCAUGUGUCCGCUCGACCUCUAGAUUCCACAUUGCUCGAACGAACGCGACUUUGUAAAGAAGGUUGCCUUCCCUUCAACAUCCAACAUCUUGCGGUCCCAACGCUCUUUCUUUCCCUUUCAAACACGUUUGACAGUACACACAAGAGUUUCCCUGCCAGCGUCAAAAUCACUGUCAGCCAAAAUGAGCGGCCCCCGAGAUCACGAAGUCGACUCAGACGAGGAAGAGGACUUCAACCCGGCGCCCGCUGACAUGAGCGACGAUGAGGGUCAAAACGGAGACAACGAUGAAGAGGAGGCCCCUCGUCGCAAGGCAUCACCUGGACAUACCCGCAAUGGUGCCGACGACGAUGAGGAUGACGAAGAGGAAGAAGACGACCAAGAUGACGUGAACGCGCGAAACGACGACGAUGACGAAGAAGACGAGGAUGAGGAAGAAGAGGAUGAAAUCCAGGGUCACCGUCGCAAGCGUCGCAAGGACAGACGAAACGCCUUCUUUGAUAUCGAAGCCGAAGUCGACGACGAGGACGAAGGUGAAGACGACGAGGAAGGCGCUGAAGAUCAAGAGGGUUUCAUCGAGCACGGUGAUCCCGAGGAGGCCGACUUCGCUGCUCGCGACGACGAGAGAAUCCACCAGGACCUUGACCGCAGACGCCAGCAAGAUGCCGACUUUGAUGCCGAGCGAAUGGCAAGAGAGUUGCAGCAAAGACAUGCUCACCGUCGUCGCGCGCCCGGCAUGGGCGAAACCGGCGCUGUCCCUCAGAGACUGCUUCUUCCCAGUGUUGAUGACCCCAGUAUCUGGGGAGUACGAUGCAAGGAAGGCAAGGAACGCGAGGUUAUUUUCUCCAUCAUGAAGAGGGUUCAGGAAAAGAUGGGCACAAAAGAUGAGUUGGGCAUCACAGCAGCUUUCGAAAGAGGCGGACCCAACUCAGUCAUGAAGGGCCUCAUCUACGUGGAGGCUCAACGCCAAACCGAUAUCUUACAGGCCCUCGAGGGAAUGCUGAACGUUUACCCGCGAACCAAACUGUUGCUAGUCGAUAUUAAGGAGAUGCCCGAUCUUCUUCGAGUCCAAAAGACCCCCACGCUCGAGCCCGGCUCAUGGGUGCGACUUAAACGACCAAACAAAUAUGCGGGUGACCUUGCCCAGGUUCUCGACGUGACCGAAAACGGUCUUGAGGCGAGGGUGCGAUAUAUUCCUCGACUCGACUACGGCAUGCGCGAUGAGCACCCGGGUGCUAUGACGGCCGACGGCAAGCGAAAGCGUCCAGUAACUGGAGCACGUCCACCCCAGAAGCUUUUCAGUGAGGUAGAGGCGCGCAAAAGACACCCCCGCUACAUCACUGGUAACCCGAAUACCAAUGUUUGGCAAUACAACGGUGAUGAAUUUGAGCAAGGUUUCCUGGUGAAAGAUAUCAAGAUUCAAUUGCUUGUAGUCAAGGACGUCAAUCCCACCCUCGAAGAAGUAACUAAAUUCGCGUCGGGUGGUGAUGAUGGCGUGGAGAACAUUGACCUGAAGUCUCUGGCUGCUAGCCUGAAGGAUAGCUCUACAAAUGUCACUUACCUUCCCGGCGACGUCAUUGAGGUGUAUGAGGGCGAACAGAAGGGCGUCGUGGGUAGGGCAACCAAUGUCCAAGGUGAUAUUGUCACCAUGGACGUGACCGAAGGAGAUCUUGCUGGCCAGACUAUCGAGGUACCGACGAAGGGGUUGCGCAAGCGAUUCAAGACUGGUGACCACGUCAAAGUCAUUGGUGGCAGCCGAUACCGCGAUGAAGUUGGUAUGGUCGUGAGCAUAUCCGAAGAUCGAGUUACUCUUUUGACCGAUCAGACAACAACGGAGAUCAUUGUCUUCAGCAAGGACCUCCGAGAAGCUAGUGACCUUGGUGGACAAGGCGCUCUGGGCCAGUACGAGAUGCUUGAUCUCGUCCAACUAGAUCCCACAACGGUUGGCUGCAUCGUCAAGCUCGACCGAGAGUCCAUGGUCGUCUUGGACCAGAAUGGCGAUACUCGACAAGUCAUGCCUUCGCAGAUUGCAAACAAACUCCCAAGGCGAAAACUUGCAGUGGCUGCAGACCGCAACGGGUCGGAAAUUCGACCGGACGACGUCGUCAAGGAAUACGGUGGCAUGAGCCGCCAAGGCAAGAUCGUCCAUAUUCACCGCACCUAUGUCUUCUGCCACACAAACGCGACCAAUGAGAAUGCUGGAAUAUUCGUGUGCAAGGUUAGCAACGUGUCGACCAUCUCAGCCAAGGGUGGCCGCGUUACCUCAUCGAUCGCGUCUGGGCCUGAUUUGAACUCCAUGAACCCGAUGAAGAAGCUGAACCCUAAUGCGAAAGGCGAUAUGCCACCUCCUAAAGCCACCUUUGGCCGCGAUCGCCUUGUUGGUCAGACUGUCACAAUCAAAAAAGGCGGCUGGAAAGGUUUGCUCGGCCGUGUCAAGGAGACCACCGACACCCAUGCCCGUGUGGAGCUUCACACGAAGAGCAAGAUCAUCAACGUGCCGAAGGCGGACCUGGUGGUUAGAGAUGGUGUGAGCGGUCGCGAAAUCAAGAAUUACGAGAACCGACGCCCUGGAGGCUUCCUUGGGCCACGCCCGGGUUCAGACCGCCCCAACCCAGAAUGGAACGGUGGAAGUCGCACGCCCAUGACCAACGCCUCAUCCCGAACUCCUGCAUGGAAAACACCAACACAGGGUCCGAAUGGUGGUCGGACUCCCGCUUGGAGCAGGGCCGGUGGCGAUGGCGGCCGUACACCUGCAUGGGCGGGUGCUGAUGGCUCGCGUACGGUCAAUCCGUAUGACGGCAAUCGGACAGCAUACGGCGGCGCCGGUUCACGAACUCCAGCGUGGUCAUCCGGUGCCAAGACCCCGGCUCCCGACUCAUUUGGCCACGGCUCUAAGACUCCUGCCUAUGGUGGAGGCGUUUCUGAUGCAUGGGGCUCCGGCUCGAAGACCCCGUAUGGCGCGUCGGCUCCCACGCCUACUGCAAACGGCGGUGAUUCGUGGUCUGGAUAUACGCCUGGCGCUUCAGGCGGAUCGCAUGCAUAUGAUGCACCUACACCUGGCAUGCUAGGUGCGCCCACGCCCGGUCUGAACUACACUGCACCAACGCCCGCAGCGAUGAAUGCCCCGACGCCAAGUGCUCAAUGGCAAGGCGGCUGGGGCGCCGAUGCUCCGACUCCGGCUGCAGGUGUAAGUCAAUUAUCAGCUCUUGCUUCCUCCUUUUCUGUUGGCCCCGGGAGCAAAGUGUCGUGAUCAAGAAUCGGGUGUUUUCUCUCGAGACAACUGAAAACCAACUCCUAUUUGCAUCCACUGUUUUUGGUGUAGCAAUUACUAAUUUUAAUAUUACAGGCGCCGACGCCUGGUCCUUGGAGUGCUGAGACGCCCGCCGCACCGAGAUACGAGGAAGAUUAAUUGCUGGCUACAUGGUGCAAAUGUGAAUUACAGACCACCCGCCUUGUCUUUUAGCUGAUGGAGUUCCAGGGGAUGGUGACAUUUGGCGUUAUUAAAGAGGUGAUAAUGCCUCUCACCGUGUUGGCACAGACAACAUGGGUGUUGUACUUAUAGAAUAACAAAGAGGAUACAGAGGCAACCAUACCUCGCAAAGCUCAUUCGACAGGCUUUUUCAUAUAUUCUAGUAAUAGCCAGUUGAAUCCAUGACGACGAC